AUGGAUCGUCUGAAGUUAGUCCUGCAGUACUUUCAGUCCAAUUCUGAGUCAAUUUCCAAUGGUAUCUGUAUUAUCCUGGCCCUGGUCAGUGUCAAGCUGUACACCAGCUUUGACUUUAACUGCCCAUGCCUUCCUCAGUACAACAAGCUGUACUCUCUAGGUGUGAUGAUUGUGCCCCCCAUCAUACUCUUUUUCCUGGGAGUCCUAGUCAACAGACAUACAGGAGUCAUGAUGGAGGAGUGGAUGAGACCCACUGGGAACAGAUCUAAAAAUCCUGCUGUGGUAAAGUACCUGUUCUCAGCCAUGAUACAGAGGGCCUUGCUGGCCCCCAUGGUGUGGAUCCUGGUCACUCUGCUGGAUGGAAAGAUCUUCAUCUGUGCCUUUAGUGUUAGUGUAGACCCUGCACUCUUCUCAG